AGCUUUAGCGUCACGGUGUGAUAAAAAUGCACUAUGUGUGAGAUUGAAUGAGGGUACGAGUGAUUUUUUUUAAUUUUACUGAAUGAUGAGAGGAAACCAUGUGUGAGUCAUAUUAUGUAAUUUAUUUGAUUUAAAAAUAAUACUAAGUUGUUAAAAAAUAAAUUUCUAGUUAAGCAAACUGUUUUUAUCUAUAUUCAUAAAAAAAGAAAAUCCUCUCAUUUUCAUAAUUAUGACAACUUACUAUGUGGCGGAGAAAAAGCAAGUAUUGUUCGGUGUUCCAAUCUAAUAAAAAAUGUGGUUUCCCCGGUGUUAAAUUCGCAUAUGAAAACAUGAAAGCACGAGAAGAGUGAAAAUCGAGCAAGAAACCCCGGCCGUCGCUUUCGGGAAACAAUGAAGGGCGAAAAAAAACACGCAACGAGAUGAAAGAAUGUGACAAGUGUGACCAUGAUGGGAGCUGUGCUAGAACUGCACCCGGGAGGGGAAAAUUUGCCACGACACGAACCACGGAAGGCAUGAUGCAGAAAUGGAUCCCCCCAACAGCCGCUGGGCUGUGGCUGCUGCUAGCGUUCUUCGCCUUUGUGGAUGGUUACUCGCCAUUCAUGAAGGUUCGGCAUGGCACAAUCGAUAUCUCUGGUAGUGCGCAGAACUCGAGCCCGAUUGUGGCUAACCCCUAUUUUGCACCGUUAGUGACACUAAAGAACAAAAACGACAAAAACGAAUUUGACACUAGCGAGGGCAAGGACAUAUUUGAAGUUAUCUACCAGUGGAAGAUAAUAGACUUCCUCUACCCGAGCUUGCAAGCUCGAAACAAUGCCAUCCGAACAAGAGCAUUCAUUCCAGAUAACAAUCUACCUCUCGGUGUCGAUCGUUUCCGCAAUCGUAUCUUUAUCACUACUCCUCGCUGGAAUCCCGGUGUUCCGGCUACUCUGUCUUAUCUACCACUGCCAGUGGAGAAUCCCAGCGCUCCGCUAAACCCCUAUCCGAACUGGAGCUUCCACACAACUCCCCAGAAUCCGGACUGCAGUAAAUUAGUAUCUGUUUAUCGCCUGUACGUUGACGAGUGCGAUCGUCUGUGGGUUAUAGAUGCUGGAGUUAUCGAUACACUGACUAAUCUUCAGCAAAUAUGUCCUCCAAAAGUGCUUGCCUUCGACUUGCUUACUGACAAGCUGCUGUUUACAUACGAACUGCCACCGGAACAAGUUAAGCAGGAUUCGCUGCAUACGAACUUGGCGGUGGAUAUUCGAGACGGCAAGUGUGAUGAUGCCUUUAUCUAUGUGGCCGAUGUCUGGCGUUACGGAAUUACUGUCAUCAGUCUACGUGAGGGUAAAAGUUGGAGAACCACCAACUAUUUGUACAACCCCAACCCAUUCGCCAGUGAUUACAACUAUCUGGAUUUGAACUUCCAAUGGUCGGAUGGGGUGUUUGGUUUGUCCCUUUCACCGGUACAUAGUAAUGGUGAUCGGAUGGUUUUCUACCAUCCAAUGUCUAGUUACACGGAAUUCCAAGUCCCAGCGUCGGUUCUACAAAACGAAACAAUCUGGCAGAACUUUGGCCUUGCGAAGGCCUUCCAACCGCUGGGCAGUCGUGGCAAAGGGGGUCAAUCCUCGACCUCUGGAGUGUCCACAAAUAAGGUCCAGUUCUUCACCUUAGUCCAGCAGAGCGGCGUCGGCUGCUGGGACCUAGCGAAACCUUACAACCGUAACAACCUGGGUAUCGUCGAGAAAAACCUAGACAAACUAACCUUCCCGAACGAUCUGAAGCUGGACCGGGAACCGAAGCAGUCCAUUUGGGUGAUCAGCAACAAGCUGCCAGUUUUCCUGUACUCACGGUUGAACUACAGCGAGACGAAUUUCCGCGUGCUACAGGCUGAAGUUCAGAGUGCCGUCUUGGAUACGGUUUGCGAUCCGAGAGUCGCGCCGAAUUUGGCUUACAAGCCGGAGCCAGACUGUGACCUGUAGUUUUCGUUUAAUGUUACGUUAUUUUAAAUUGUUAAGUGAAUUUGAUUCUAGUAUGUAUGUUUGUGAUGUUCGUUAUUGAUUAUCUAUUAUUGAAGAGACAAAUGUAGAAAAAAAAUCGCGGAUAUACUUUUAUUCGUACGAAAGACACAAAAGAUUUUAGAAUAAAUACAGAAAAAGUUCAUAA